GCGCAUGCGUAUGACUAUGUAAAUAACAGUAGUGGCUAAGCGCUAGUUGUUUGGAGUUCCUAGUUAGCUGGAGUUUUACAAUUAAACCACGAACUAUUAAUGGUAUGUAGUGAAGCUGUUUGGGACCGCAAGUGGUAGGUGAUUAUUUCAGGGGUUAAUAAUCGUCACCGCUGCGAAAACCUCUUUAAUAAACCUCAUGUUGAUAAGUUCACCCUGCUAGCUCUGAGGCUAACGGUGCGAGCUGCCCAGGCAGGAGCAGGAUGACAGGUAAACCCGCUGGCUAGUCUGUGAGCGCUCCGGUUAGCUGGCUCACGGAGAUCCACUGCAUCGGCAUCAGAUGUGGUGUAGACUGAACAUUUCAACAUUUUAAUAAGAAAUAAAAGGGUGCAGCUUAUUAAUUAAGUAGUGAGUUUCGGUGUAUUACAAUCAUAUCCAGUGCCUAGAAAAGAGGAAAUCUGUGAACUCUAGAGGGAUUCGCCAUGCUAUCUGAGAACAGGAAACGACAGCGUACUCGAGGUGAUGAUGAUGAUGCACUUAUGACGCCUCAGGCCAAAAGAUCAAGCACAACACUCCAGUGUUCUGAGGGAAGCAGAGAAGCGUGGGAGUCUGAGUCCUUCAGCAGUGACAGCAGCGGGGUCAGUAGUCCAGAGCAUGCAGCUGGGACCAGCAGCAGCGCGAGCAGUCAGUACGGAGCCGAAAACCUCAGGUCCUGCAGUCCACAUAGUUCCUUGGACCAGUCUGACGCCACAAGCCUGGGUUCAUACGAACAUAUCAACCGCGUCCUGAGAGAGGCUCACUUCCAGAGCCUCCACAACAGAAGUCAGACACGGGAUAGGUGACUUUCAGAGGCUUUCCCAUCUGCUAGUGACCCCUUCACUCUACCUGCGCGCCUGGCUACAUUCCCCAGGAGACGGGGUAGAGAUCAUCUCCAAGUUUAUUCUGACUUUUACAUGCUAGAGCUCUCAUUUGUGAUUAGUGUGUUUUUUUUUCUGAAUCGAAAGACCUUGUGACCUUGAACCUGUUUAAAAAAAAAAAAAAAAACUUAAAAACAACUAAUGACUUAUUAGAGCACAAAAGGAUUCACAUUGUAAGCAAUAAUAGCUUGGCGACAAUGCAACCUUUUGUGACAUACACACUGUGUAUUUUUUAUUUUUUUUCUUCUGAACACACCAGUUUACAUGUAAAUGAGAGCUUCAUUGCAGGUGGAACUGCACCUGGUGCAUAUUAUCAUUUCAUUGCUGGUUCACUUGUGCACUUGCGGGGUACGGGGUAAUCGGAUUUCCUUCGAGAAAUCUUUUAUUUAUUGAACUCGAUUGCUAAGUUGGCACAUGAUGUAUGUUGAUGCGAGGUAUAAACCUAUGGUCGUAAUAAUAACAAGCUCCUGGGUUUGUAACUCUCCAAUGGAACAGCCACUUCAACUCACUGAUACGCAUCCUUCCCCUCACCAUCUCGUACUCGCCCCUUAUCUAAUGCUCAUGGGAAUCCUCCCGUAGGUUGAUCUCCAGUUAAAUUGAAAGAUUAAUUGUUUUUACUAUAUAUUUUUAUGGAAACCUUGAAUGACAUUUUACAUUCGUGUCACCUACAUUUUAAAAAUAAAGCUGGCUGUUCCCAAGUACAUGAGUGCAACGUUAUUAAAAAUGAAUGAUAAAACUGC